GGAGGUGUGAGAGGCAGGGGAGGAUCGGGAUAGGAAUCUAUGCUAAAUCAAGGCCCACCACAACCCCGGUGUACGCUCAUGCAAAGCCCACCACACCGCAGGCCGCCCACUCUCCACUCUUGUCAGCUUUCAUCUUCUUAAAUCUGAGACCGCCACAAAGGAGGCCCGCAUCACUUCCUGUUACUUCUAGCAUGAAGUUCGUCAUCGAGCUCUUGUCUGUCAUGGCUGCUCUCCUGUGUACCACAGGGUGUGAGGAGGUGGUGGUCUACGCCACGGAGGGAACCACAGUCACUCUCAGUACCGAGGGGCUCCAAGUCAACACGGGCUACUGGUACUGGUCUCGGAUUGGCUCCCAGCAAGAUCGGCUGGCCUGGCACAACCGUUUUUCUGGCUGGUUGUUUACCAAAGAUGCGCGCUGGACGGGCAGGUUGUCCAUUUCCAAACAUGCACUGAGCAUCACAAGUGUCCAACAGCAAGACUUUGGCACGUUUGUCCUCUCCAAACUUGUCACAAUAGGUGAUGUCAGACCAGUCAAGACCUUCAGACUCUUCAAAAUCACAGCGUCUGCCGACCCGGCCUCUUCUCCUGUGCUACCUGGUGAAUUUGUUACGCUGUCAUGCCAUGUGGACAGUCCUGACAGUGACAACAUGGCUGACAUAUACUGGUUGAGUCCGGCAGGAAGCAAGAUUCGUCAGCGUGAAGGAAAAGUCCAGGUGGACGUUACAGGCCGAGACCACGGAAUAUGGAGCUGCAUUGUCAUGAGGGAACAAAAGGAGGCGAGGGCCACAGUUUCCAUCACAGUUCUUGACCUCCUUCCGGCUCCUCUGCAUCCUCAGUAUGUGCCGGAGCAGUCGUCUCUCAGCAUCCCCUGUUCCUUUCCCUCUCACCUCUCUUGGAAACUAUUCAAAGCCAGGGGCCUCCAGGAAGUCCACUGGUGCUUCAUCCCUAAACCACCCUUGCGUCUUGUUACCCAGGGUCCACAGAAGCUCUUCUCCCUCUCCCUGAUGGAUGAGACGGUGGCUUGGACAUUUGUUCAAAGCAGGGGCUUUAGGCCUGUCCCAGGCCUCCAAACGGGAAACUUGUUUUUGAACAGAAAAGGAGUGACGGCAGAAGACAGAGGAGACUACGUGUGCACCUUCAACUUUAGCAGUGAAUUGAUUCUGAAAAGGACUGUGAGCGUUGAAGUGCUGCAGAUCGUGUCCUCUACGGGUCCAGACCUUAUUUCUGGCCAGCCUCUCAAUCUGACCUGCGGCUUGGGUCAUGAGUUGCCCUCUGACCUUUCUGUGAAAUGGAUCCCACCUGAGUGGCCCUCCGUGCGUUCUCAGCUCAGCGCGGGGCAUCACCCAGCCCAAAUCGUCAUUCCGGAAGUGAGCCAAGGAGACGGUGGCAGAUGGAGGUGUGAUCUGUGGCGUGGCGCCGAGUUGCUGACGUCGGCUGAGAUGACGCUGGCUAUCGCGACAAAGUGGAGCGUGUGGAUGCUUGUGACCGUAUGUGGCGCUGCCGUCAUCAUCUUUGUCCUUCUCCUCCUUAUUUGCAUCACCUGGAGACACAGACAGCGGAACAUGAGACGCCUCAAGCAUGGAUUUUGCCGUUGCAAAAACCCCAAGCCAAAAGGAUACAACAGAAGAUAACACAUCCUGCAGAAUGACUCCUUUCAGCACAUUAAAGGUGCCCUAUCAUACAAAAGUGACUCGUUAAUGAUGUUAUCACAUGUAUAUAUAUAUA